GUCUGGGUCUGAAAGAGUACGAGAUCUGUCAUGCUAGUCUGGCAUGACGCUGAGCUCUGUAUUGCAUGGCCAGCAAGAGGUCCUCUAGUCUGUCAUGCAAAAACGCUGUCUGUCAUGCGGAAUACGCAACACGGAGCCACGGCAAAGUCUGUCAUGCUUGGCAGUGCAUUACAGUGUGAUUUCUGUUAACUGACAUGCAUCACAACUUUCCAGACCCAGGAGACAUAUUUGCAGUGCAUAAGCGGAAUGUAAGGGAGAGUCAGUGAGAAAAAAAAGGAGGUGUGGGAGGGACGUCAAAAAAGCCAACAUGUAUCUUUCCAGUAAAACUUUUUCAAAAGUACCAAUACUUGCGGGCACAACUACACAUGCCUUGAUAGGAGCCGCGCACUUGAGUGCAGUCAAGCUCAAGCGCUUACUGGCGCUACACUUAAUUGGGUUAAUUUCAACGGGUGUUAUUGUUUCAAUUGUUUCUUCACAAGCAUUUCUAGCACGACCAAAUUACAAUUUUAUUAGGGCUAUUUCUACAGUUUUUUUGAAAAUACAGCACUGUUGUUUUGAUCUGAUUUCUUUCCUUUUAAGUAGCAGAGACGCGAAAAAGUUGAAUCAUUUUUGGACAGGCACAGUAAGUAGCCCUUUAUCAUUUAUCGUAGUGGAGAGGCAUAAGAAACUCGAUUUUGUGUUGCCUAGGAUACCUCCUUAUCCUUUGGGAAAUUUUGAUGUAUUCUAAGACAAAGAAUAACAACUCGAACUUGCAAGUAAAUCGAUUGUAUAGAUGCCAGCGACCACGUUUCUUCAGCAGUGUAUUAACCCAUCUUAAAUAAAAUCUUCAGUAGAUAAAAUUAUUAAUCCAUUGCAGGGCUGUAGUAUGGGUACCACGACGAUUACCGUAUAACGGGGAAGAGAAAUUUUGUACCCAGCCACCAGGCUGGCGAACAAACUGAAUCGUGUCGAACUAUUAGCCACCUCCGGGGAAAACAACGAGCGACGCGUUUCUUCAGGACCCC